AUGAAUAGUGACGAGAGUUUCAUAAUAUUUCGAAGAUUCGGUCGCCUUUCAACUCGACUUUUGCUUCAUCUACAAAUUGAGCUGGUGUUGCUCCAGAAGAAACUGGAUGCAUUGGACAAUAGGGACAACGCCGAUCCAAUAAUGCACUGGAGACUGAGAGGCGGUACCAACUUUAAAGGGUAUGAUGAAGAGCAUUUGGAAUUACUCGAAGAGAUACGGAAGGCAUACCUCAAUUAUGGUAAUCAUAGUCAUCUCGUGUGGAGGAAGAGCAAGAAAUACUAAUUCUGCCAACAGCUGAGGUCCUUGAAAAAGAUGUAGCGCUUCGUCGCCUCGACAAGUCAACCACACGCGAUCAUCGUUCCCUCUUCAACUGGGUCCGAACCAUGAAUCCAUUGUGUGGAGAUCUCGACAAAGCGGGAUUCAUCACUCGUUUUGAUGAUUUUGUGUCUUUAUCACAGCAAAGUCAAAGCACUCGCCGUUUUGAAGAUUUUAUCCAGCGACUCUUAGGUGAUGGGCCCCCCUCACGGCUUAAAGUAAGUUUUCUUCUCAGAUACACAUAGUAUCUCCAAAAACAGAUAGAUCGGGCUUGGGACGUCAUGCCAUUACACUCGUCCACUGGGUGGUGUAUGGAAGGAAAAGAUGACAAGCAAGUUAGGUAUAGAUUAGAAACCUUCCCCAUUUCCCCUGAAUAA